CGCAUGCAUCAUCGUUCACUCAAUACACACAGACAGUAUGGUGCUCGCAUCGGACAACACGGCACACACAAUUCAAAAAUAACUUGCCAUCACUGUGUGUGUGUGUUGAACACGGUGUUCAACGUCGAAUUCGAUGUUUCAAUAUCGAAAGCAUCAAGUGCACAAAAAUACCGUUUCGAAUCAAAAGCAAAGCAAACCAAACCAAACUAGACAGACACAAUGCAAAGCAAUGUGUAUCGAGUGUCAGUACUUUUGCCAACCACUGAAUUUCGCGCUCAUUCCAAGCAAACGGUACUACUCGGAUCGAAAUCGCAUUGCAAACAAUUUACAAUGGAAAAUUCCAACAAGAACACCGGUUUUUCCGCUUGUGUGAUGUGCGCCAGCAAUUUUACAGACAAUGAAGCACAAACAAUUGUUACAUCAUGUGGCCACAUGUAUCACCGUCAAUGUCUCUCCAAAUGGUUCGCAUCGGUGCAAGAUUUAAAUCCGCAUGGUCAUCUUACUUGCCCUGAAUGUCGCACCAUUCUCAAUCCAAAAAAUGACAUUAAGCCGGUCUAUCUGUACUAUUCAACACCGGACGACAUCAAAUCCGAGCUGGAGAAACGUGAUAACAAGGAAAAAGCGCAUCUCAAUCGUUUGCUACGCCAAAGUCAAAACGAAGUAAAGAAGAUCAAACAGCAACUGAGCUCGGAAAAAGCAAAAAAUAUGCGAUUGACGUCCAAAAUUGAUGCACUUGAAUUGCAAUUCAAAGUGAAGACCGAACAUUCGUGUUACAACUGCGAAGCGACGACAUUAUCCGGACACCGGAAGAUGAUGGCAACCAAACCAAAGGCCAAAAAAACAACGGUCGCUGCUGCUUCGGUCGGUACAGAAAAACUUGCCAGGAAGUUGCGGAACCGCGAAUACAGCUACUCACUUUGAAGAUGCUUCACAGAAGUUCUCCGAGAAAAAAAAAUCAUCACCAUUUUCCAACAACAAUGGGAAAUUAUUAUAAGUUUGAUCGAAGUAGUCAAAUGCCAAAAUCUAAACCGAAUCAAUACUUUAAGUUGGUCUCAUCGUUCAUAAAUCAUAAAAUAUAUUUUUGUUAAGUGAAAUGAAUGGCAUUGAAUGCCCGAUCACUUUGAUCUAACUCUUUGUGCCAGUCAAAAUUUGUCACAUCGUACAACAGAUUAUGUUGUCGAAAAAAAAAAUGUUAAUCUAUCUAACAUUCCAUAGUAAAUGACUAAGUCUGAGAUAUUAUUACUAAGCGAAAUUAAUCGAUUCUAAGCGAAAAAUUAUCCAAGAUUUACACAAAAUACGAAUAAAGUUUUGAAUAUGUUUACAAUGUUAUAAAAGCCGGUCGACAUGGGUUUCAUUGUUCAAAAUAAUUUUGCAUUGUAUCAGCAUCUUUGAAUUGAUUCAAAAAAAUUGGUGGUGAAAUCUCGCCGAUUCAUGAAAAAUGAUUCGCUGAAUGAUUAGGAUGUUUGGGCAUAAGAAAUAUAAACAAAAAUCGAUGGUAUAAUUGAGUGCGUGUUCAGCAUCAUUCGAUAAGCUGCUGUUGUAGAGAAGGAAAAAAAACAGUUCAACGAAAUAACCCAACAAGAAAGUGUUUAAAAACAACAACAACAAAAAGAAAUAAUGAAAUGGAAUCAUGUUGUGUUUGAAAGAAAAAACGUCGAUGCAUUUGAUUUGUGUUCAAUUUUUGGCGCUGGUUGCCUUUAUCGCACAAACUUCAUGCUGCUGAUAAACGAUUGUGUUCAGUACUGUGAGCAAGUAAAACACCCAGAACUUGCAUCAAAACACACAUAUAUACACAUAUCCACUGACUCAUAUAUACAUCGCACUGCGUGUGUCGGUCGGUAUACACACACGCACACAUAUGACUUGACGUCAAAAUUCCGUCGACACAUUCUCAAGAAGCACGGUACCGCACACACAUAUUGAGACAUUGCGAAAAGUGCUCACAAACGAAAACAAAGAAGAAGAAUUAUAGUUAGUGUCCAUCAGUCGGCCAUAUUUGUUUGAGUAACUCUUAGUUGCAACGCAGUUCAUAAUUUCGAACAGAAUGAAAUGCAAAGCAAAAAAUCCUUGAACACCAAAUAAGAAACUGUUGUUUUUUCUUCUUCAUCUCUGAUGUGAACAAAGAAUUCGCUUUGGUUACAAUGAAAUAGUUGUGUGUCGUCGUACAUUUCAUCGACAGCUAGACAAAAAAAAGAGAUAUACAAUUUGGUGAUAUUCGAAAGGAAUUUCUCGCUGUCAAUAUACCGCUUACAGCGGUAAAUAAAGAACAAACGACAGAAGCAAAGCAGAAAAAAAUCAAACCGAAACAUAUAAUAUAAGAAAGAAUUGUAUAGCCGCAUAAUAUUGGAUGAGAAGUGACCGAAAAACAACAGAAAAUAUAUAUAUAUACCGAACGAAAUUCGUAAUAGUGAACUCGUUUAUAAGCCGAUGAAUCAGUGUUACUUUUGUUUGAUUGACAUUUCUAUUUGAGAGGUGAAAAACCGCUUCAUUGGCAAGAGAGGCAAGUCUUGAAUAACAAGUGCAGCUACUGUUUGGCUUGGGCUGGUUUCAAUUGAAUUCCCCAAACAGAAAAAAAACAACGAUUUCAAGAGAGACAAAAAAAAAACAACAAAUCAGCAAUUUAAUGUGUUAAUUCUCAAAAAUUUAAUUGAACCCAAGCAAAAAAAAAAUUAAAAGCAAUUGAUUAGCGUUAAAUAUACACCAAUUAUAAUUGAGUGGAAAAAAAUUCUGUUGACAUACAAGUAGCACUGUUGACAAGAAAAAUCUCGUUUCGUUUCGUUCAAUUCGUUUUUUUUUUUUUUAAUUUUUGUUGAAUAAUUCUAAAAAUUGCUUCAUGACAUGAAUCCAAUGCCGAACGGUGCACCAACAUCGGCUGAUGCAUGCCUGUCGAUAGUGCACUCUUUGAUGUGCCAUCGACAGGGUGGUGAAAGUGAGAGUUUUGCAAAGCGUGCGAUCGAGUCAUUAGUGAAAAAAUUAAAGGAAAAACGUGAUGAACUGGACUCAUUGAUAACGGCGAUCACAACAAAUGGAGCCCAUCCCAGCAAAUGUGUGACCAUACAGCGAACACUUGACGGUCGCCUACAGGUGGCUGGCCGAAAAGGAUUUCCACAUGUGAUUUAUGCACGCAUCUGGCGUUGGCCGGAUUUGCAUAAAAACGAGCUGAAACAUGUAAAAUACUGCCAGUUUGCGUUCGAUUUAAAAUGUGAUUCAGUUUGUGUGAAUCCGUAUCACUAUGAACGUGUCGUAUCGCCGGGCAUCGACCUGUCUGGAUUGACAUUGCAAUCAGGACCGAGCCGUAUCGUAAAAGAUGAAUAUUCGGCCGGUUCAGUCGUUCCGCCAGGAGCGCUCGAUAUGGAUCCCAAUGAUCUGGGCACAAUUCAACAUCAUCCACCGAUGCCUCCACAAGGAUAUGGGUAUCCACCAGGUGAUCCAAGUCAAUUGGGAAGUCUUUAUGCGAGCGGUCGCAUACCAAAAUUAGAGCCAACCGAGACUCAGAGAAGUCAAUGGAUGGCUCAAAACGCACGUCCAUCCGCUCUUGUGCAUCCAGCUGUUCCUCAUCCAAUGGUAAUGCCACCGGGAGCACUGCAAAUUCAAACAAAUCAUAGUCAAAUGACGUCAGCGCCGCCGCCAGCUGGUGGUCAGCCACCAAACAAUGGGCCUAGCAUGAUUGGAUCGUUGCCAACCGAUCCACAGCUAUCUGUACAAUCCGUAUCAACGAACUCACAGCAAUCAACAUCGUCACCGACUUACUACAGUGAUCAGCAAUCAGCGCAAGUACCAUCACAACCAAUCAACUCAGCCAACGAAGGAUCUCUACCGAAUUCGAUUGUGUCGUCGCCAAUUUCGCCGCAUCUCCAGCAAAAUGGUUACAAUGGGGCGGCAAACGCGGCGAACAUAACCGGAAAUGGGCAGUUACCAAAUUUCGCACCACAAGGCACACCGCAUAAUGGAGCCCAAGGCACAUGGUCCGGCCAACAUACACUCACCUAUACACAUAAUAUGAUGCCACCCGAUCAACGAAAUGCUCAUUCGAACUACUGGCAAGCUGAUUCAGGUAACCAACAGCGUUUGUUGUCUCGUCAACCGGCUCCUGAGUACUGGUGUUCGGUUGCGUACUUUGAGCUUGACACUCAAGUGGGCGAAACGUUCAAGGUGCCAUCAAGCAAACCGAAUGUCAUCAUCGAUGGCUAUGUCGAUCCAUCGGGCGGGAAUCGCUUUUGUUUGGGCGCAUUAAGCAAUGUUCAUCGUACAGAGCAAAGUGAACGGGCACGUUUGCACAUUGGCAAAGGUGUACAAUUGGACUUGCGCGGUGAGGGUGACGUAUGGAUUCGUUGUUUAAGCGAUCAUUCAGUAUUUGUACAGAGCUAUUAUUUGGACCGAGAGGCUGGACGUAGUCCCGGCGAUGCAGUGCAUAAAAUUUAUCCGCAGGCUUACAUCAAAGUAUUCGAUUUGAGGCAAUGCCAUCGGCAAAUGCAAUCAUUAGCAGCGAAUGCACAGGCAGCAGCAGCCGCUCAGGCGGCCGCCGUUGCCGGUUUGAGUUCACAAUUGGGCGGCCCACCGAGAAAUAUAACGGCGGCAGCCGGUAUUGGCGUUGAUGAUUUGAGGCGCUUAUGCAUUCUACGACUAAGUUUUGUUAAGGGAUGGGGCCCCGAUUAUCCACGAUCAUCAAUCAAAGACACACCUUGCUGGAUUGAGGUACAUUUACAUCGUGCACUGCAACUACUUGACGAAGUCCUGCACCAAAUGCCAAUCGAUGGCCCUCGAGCUAAUGAAUAAAGAAAACGCGCGUUCUGCCCGAAGCAAACGCCACAACAUUUCUUCAUCCCAUUUCGGUUUAAUUUGUACAAACGAGAGAGAAGAAACACAAAAAACAAACAAACAAACAAACUCUAUUUUGACAUUGAAAAUGGAACUCAAAUUGUUUAUAAAGAUGCUUUCAUAUAUUUACAAAACCACAAAAACUCAAACACACACACAUACACACCUACGACAACCGACUUAAUUCCACUCAGCAAUCAUCAAACCAAAAUGAUCUAGACCGAACACAAAUCGUGUUGAAAAAAAUCAAAUAAAUCGCAUAAAAACCGGUGACAAAAUGCAAUAAAAUCUCAAAAAUUUAUCAAUACAAAACCGAAAAACAGAAACACAGACGAUAGGUUAAAACAGAUCGCAUGAAUGUGUUGAAUGAAAACAAACAGAACAUUUAAAGAAAAAAAAAUUAGCAUAUUUUUGACACUAAUUGAUAAGACAAACAAAAAGUAAUGAAUCCAAUAAAUGAAAAUGCCCUAAAUGCAAAUUACUUAUACAAAA